AUGACUGAGGUGGAAGUGGGCUCAUUGUUUGGGCACGUGGAGAAGUACCUGUCUUCGUUCUACACGGACUAUUUCAUGACGGACGACACGAACACGUUCUGGAACGGCUAUAACAAGGUUGCUGCUUGCGAAAAUGGUCCUAAUUACCGUUCUUCAGCACGACUUCUUCAAGCCGUUCCUCACGAAGAUGAAAGAGAUAUGCCUCGUCGAUGCCACAGAAACGUGUUCGUGGCGAAAUACACGUCGAUACUGAGGUACCUACGUGAGAAUGAAGGAAGCGUUCUUGCAUCGGAUAUGAAAAAUUCAUGGAGCGAUAGAGUGGACCAGCGGGGAGCGUGGGUAACGACGGAUUCUCCGCGAGUGCUUCCGAGACAUAACCUACCCAGUGGAUAUGCCCGCGGAUACGCGAACAUACCUCGAAGAGGUCACGCUCCAGCUGUUCAUGAAGACGCAGGGACGGAUGAGAAACGAGAUGACAAACGAGAGCUUCAGAAGCUAACAGAAGGAUCAGAGCACUAA